GUCGAUUGUGGUCCCAUUCAUUUCAAUUACCACAUCACGACCAUUAUUUAUUUUAAAACUAUUCGAAUUAGUAUGUAUAAAUAGAUAUCGAUUAAACAAAACUUUAAAAUAUGGACUCAACCAAAGUAAAGUUCAAUCCCAACCCUCGCGAAACAGCAAACAUAAUUUCACAAGUAUUUUUUGGAUUCACGCUUCCAACAUUUAGGAAAGGUUUAAAAAAAGAAUUAGACGUGGACGAUGUUUACAACCCUCUGGAAAGUGAUAAAAGUGACUACUUAUGCCAAAGACUGGAAAAAAACUGGAAUGAGGAAUUAGACAAAGUCAAACGAGGAAUAAAAGAAAAACCGCAUUUAUUAUUAGCAAUAGCUAAAGCAUUCUGGACGGAGUAUGCAAUAAUAGGACUACUCUCCGGCAUAUGCGACUUAGGACUCAGAACAUUCCAGCCCUAUAUGCUAGGGGGUGUUCUCGAUUACUACACGCCUGGAUCGAGCAAAUCGAAAUUAGAAGCGUACGGAUACGGAGUCGCUAUGGUGCUCUUUUCUUUCGGCAUUUCUCUUAUUAUGAACCAAUAUAUCGUAAUCGCUCUGCACGCUGGCAUGAAAGUAAGAGCGGCAGUUUGCGCGCUGGUUUAUAGGAAGGCCACUAGAUUAAGCCGAACAGCUUUGGGCGAUACCCCUACCGGUAAAGUUGUAAAUUUGCUCUCAAACGAUGUGGCAAGAUUUGAUUUCGCAUCGAUGCUGAUAAAUCAGAUGUGGAUAGGUCCGGUCUCUGGAAUAAUAGUGAUGUAUAUGCUGUAUCAAAGAUCAGGGCUGCCUGGUUUAGCUGGUAUACUGGUUGUGUUUGUAAUGGCACCGUUGCAAGCAUAUUCUGGUAAAUUAUCUGCUGGAUUUAGAAAAGCGACCGCAAUGAAAACUGACGAAAGAAUUAGGCUUAUGGACGAAGUUAUUCUAGGAAUACAAGUAAUCAAAAUGUAUGCGUGGGAAAUACCUUUUCAAAAAGUGGUUGGAUUAGCCAGGAAAGCUGAAAUUAAAAUCAUCAAACGUGCAGCAUUCGUUAGAGCAAUAUUUGCCACUUUGGGUAUGGUCACCACUAGAAUGGCACUUUUUGCAACUCUCAUAACUAUCGCUUUAACAGGCGGCGAGAUAACUUCAGCAAAAGUAUUUGUGCUCAUGUCCUAUUUCAAUCAACUAUCGAUGACUCUCACCGGCAUAUUCGUUAGGGGUAUUACAGAAAUCGCUGAAUUGUUCACAUCCGUAAGUCGAUUGCAAGACUUCCUCGAUAACGAGGAGUACAACUACGAACAAAUGGAAAAUAUAAUCAAAAAAGAAGAUGAAAAUUCUAAAUCGGCCAUCUACUUGAAAAACGUAACCGCUAAGUGGAACAUCAACCUGUCGGAGUCGGUUCUUAAGGACAUCACCAUGGAUGUGAAUAAAGGAAAAUUGAUCGGUAUAAUUGGCCCUGUUGGUAGUGGAAAGAGCUCAUUACUUCAAACGAUUUUAGGUGAAUUGGACAUUACUGAUGGCACUUUAAACGCACACGGUACAUAUUCCUACGCGUCCCAAGAACCUUGGAUUUUCGCAGCGACCAUUCGUCAAAACAUCCUCUUCGGCUUAGACUAUGAUAAAAAACGCUACAAAGAGGUGAUAAAAGUUUGCGCGUUAGAAAAGGAUUUGGAGCAAUUCGCUGACAGCGAUAUGACCAUAGUUGGGGACAAAGGCGCGUCGCUUAGUGGCGGUCAAAAAGCUAGAAUCAGCUUAGCGAGAGCUGUGUACAGAGAUAAAGACAUUUACCUAUUAGACGAUCCUUUAUCAGCUGUGGAUAUUCACGUUUCGAAGGUUCUAUACGAACAAUGCAUCAAUAAAUUUUUAUCGAAAAAAACAAGAAUUUUAGUCACGCAUCAAGUGCACUAUUUGAAGAACGCGGAUCAAAUUUAUAUUCUAAAUAAUGGUCGGAUUGAAAGCCAUGGAACCUUCAAUGAGCUAGCUCACAGCGACAAUCUCUACGCCAAAUUGCUAACAUCAGAACCCGAGGAAGUACCCGAAACCCCCACGGAAGAAGAAAAAUCCAAACAAAUUGAGCGCGUGAAAUACGCCAGACAAAUUUCAAGACGGAGCAGGAAAUCCUCAACAAUCAGUUUAAUGAGUACAAGAAGCUACGUUGAAAGCUUGAUGGAAAGCGACGAGACUCUAUCGGAAGAUGAAGAUGAGUCCAAGAAACCGCAAAUGAUCGAUAUGCAGGAAGAAUCGUCCAAAGGCAAAGUGUUUGGUUCCCUGCUACUGCAGUAUUUAAGAGGCGGCGCAAAUGCUUUCAACGUUUUCAUCAUCCUGCUCCUCUAUGUAUUAGUGCAGGGUAUCGGAAGCAUUGUAGAUUAUUUCAUCAGCUUCUGGACGAGUAUAGAAGAACAGCGAAUUGAGAAUGAAAAUAAUUUGCAAACUGUUAACGCAACUGAAACUGUUGUUAACACAAUUACAAACACUACUGCAACUAAUAAUAUAUCAGAAGCAUUGAAUAGUACUAUGAAUGCUGGAGCAACAUUUUCAUAUCCGGAUUGGUCCACCUACACCUGCUUGAUUGUUUACGGAUGCCUAGUUGGAAUUUUGAUACUAUUAACAUUAGCAAGAACUGUCUCUUUCUAUUCAGUGGCGAUGACGUGCUCAAAGAGGUUACACAAAGCCUUGCUGGAAGGAAUUAUUUACGCGAGAAUGAGAUUCUUCGAUACUAAUCCCAGCGGUAGGAUAUUGAACAGAUUUUCAAAAGAUAUCGGUAGCAUUGACGAACUCAUUCCUAGAGUACUUCUUGAGGGUGGACAAAUGUUUUUGCAAAUUAUUGGUUCGUUAAUUUUGGUAGGAGUAGCCAAUCCUUAUGCUAUUAUAUUAGCUGUUGCACUCGGAAUAAUAACUACAUUUAUGAGGAACAUGUAUCUAAAGACGUCUAAAAAUCUUAAGAGAGUUGAAUCAAUAUUAAGGAGUCCUAUUUUUACACAUUUAAAUGCUACCUUACAAGGAAUAACGACAGUAAGGGCCUUGAGAACGGAAAAAAUACUUCAAGCAGAGUUUGACAAAAUACAAAAUUACCACAUUAGCGCCUGGUAUAUGAACAUCACGUGUAGUUCUGCAUUCGGAUUCAGUUUAGAUUUAUUUUCAUGUGUAUUCAUCGCAAUACUCGUAUUUACUAUAUUAACAUUCGACAAAGCGAUGGGCUUAAAUGGAGGAACCAUAGGUUUGGCCAUAUCUCAGGCAUCCUUGCUAACGGGCAUGGUUCAAUUUACAAUUAGAAUGACGGCAGAUAUAUCGAAUCAAUUAAUGUCAGUUGAGAGGGUGCUUGAAUAUAAACAACUGCCCCCGGAACCCCAGACUGCGAAGCCUAAAGCUCUGCCUUUAACAUGGCCGCAAACUGGGAAAAUCGAUUUCGAAGGCCUGAAAUUCAAAUAUUUCGAAGACGGUCCGUUGAUUAUUAAAGACUUAAAUCUUAGUAUUCUACCAAAAGAAAAGGUUGGUGUAGUAGGUAGGACAGGUGCAGGAAAAUCUUCGCUAGUCGCAGCUUUAUUCAGAUUAGCUAACGUUGAAGGCGCCAUCAAAAUCGACGAUAUAGAUACCAAAGACAUCACUUUGAAGGAUCUCAGAUCCAAAAUUUCCAUCAUCCCCCAGGAUCCUAUCCUAUUCUCCGGAACUCUACGAUACAAUUUAGAUCCGUUCGGAGAGUACUCAGACGAGAAAUUGUACAAAGCUCUAGAGCAAGUCGAACUUAAAGACCCGGCGAAUAUUAUCAAUAGAUUAGAAAAUAGGGUCACUGAUAAGGGUUCUAAUUACAGCGUAGGACAAAGGCAACUUAUUUGCUUAGCUAGAGCGAUAAUAAGGAAUAAUAAAAUUCUUAUGUUGGAUGAAGCCACAGCAAAUGUAGAUCCGCAGACUGAUGCUCUAAUUCAGAAAACCAUAAGAACGAAAUUCGAAGAUUGUACAGUUCUCACGAUCGCGCACAGAUUAAAUACAAUUAUGGAUUCCGAUAAAAUUCUAGUGAUGGAUCAAGGAAAAGUGGCAGAAUUCGACCAUCCUCACAUUCUUCUACAAAACGAAAACGGAAUUUUCUACAAAAUGGUCGAAGACACCGGUAAAGGGACUAACGAAGUUUUAAAGAAAAUCUCCAAAGACACCUACGAGAAGAAAUUCUCUAAAAAAGAAUAAAUUUGACAGUAAGAUGAAAAUGUAAAUUUAGUUUGUUAAGGCAUAUCUGUUUGUAUAUACUAGUAUAAAUAAAAAUGUAAUUUUA